CCCCAAAUCUCAUGGUGCCCGCUCGCUCAUUUUGCCCCCUUUUUGUGUUUUUUGGUCUGUUUAUACUAACCUUUCUAAUUCCCAUACGAACAAGGCACAAAAAGCCCUAAAUUCCCUCUUCCCCUAUUCUGUCGAAGAGCCUUUUGUUUUUUCUCUUGCUUGGACGGGCUUUUCUGUUCCUUAAUGAGCCUCCUCAGCCUCUAUGACACCUCCACGCCGCUCAACCCCAAUUGCCUUUCCAACACCACCUCGUCGCCGCCUCAAGAGCAAUGCGUUCUUUGGCCUUCCUUGGCGUCCGCAAUCGAGUCCAACAUCGUCUGGGACAGCAUCUACUUCAUCCGGAUCGCCCAGUGUGGCUACGAGUACGUGCAGUCUUAUGCCUUCUUGCCUCUGCUUCCCCUUUGCAUCUCCUUCUUCUCGCGAACAGGCAAUGCUUUCCAUAAAGAAGGGUGCAUAUCUUUUGAAAUGUGGAAGAAGAGGGAAGCCCAAGUUUUGUUCUUUCCAGCUUUCUACGGUAGGCAUGUUACAAUUCAAGAAUUAAGAAGACUCUUUGUGAGUUAA